GGUUAACCGAGAAACGAAAUCCAAGCGUGAUUGGCUCAAGCGAGAGUUUCCCCGCCCCAAUCACCGGGACCCCUGGUGGCAGCUGGAGGGCCCUCCCGGCCGGAGGGUUUAAAGAGCGCGUCCCGGGGAACCGCUCAGCUGGAGCGACCGAUCGGUGCCAGGCCAGGUGUACGCGUCCGUCGGUCCUUCCGUGCCAGCGCCGGAGACCAACCCCGGAGGCCACCCGGGCCCGUCCCUGCGCCCGGCACCAUGAAGCAGGAGUCCGCAGCCCCGAGCACCCCGCCUCCCUCCCUGUCCCCUGCACCCUCCGCGCAGCCCUCCUGGGGGGGUGACGACCCCCAGGCCCUGUGGAUUUUCGGCUACGGCUCCCUCGUGUGGAAGCCGGACUUUGCCUACAGCGACAGCCGCGUGGGCUUCGUCCGUGGCUAUAGCCGCCGCUUCUGGCAGGGAGACACCUUCCACAGGGGCAGUGACAAGAUGCCUGGCCGAGUGGUGACCCUCCUUGAAGAUGGUGAGGGCUGCACUUGGGGUGUGGCAUAUCAGGUUCGAGGGGAGCAGGUGAGCGAGGCCCUGAAGUACCUGAACGUGAGAGAAGCCGUGCUUGGCGGCUACGACACUAAGGAAGUCACCUUUUAUCCUCAAGACAGCCCUGACCAACCCCUCAGAGCGCUGGCCUAUGUGGCCACCCCACAGAACCCCGGUUACCUGGGCCCUGCUCCAGAAGAGGUCAUUGCCACACAGAUCCUUGCCUGCCGAGGCUUCUCUGGCCACAACCUUGAGUACUUGCUGCGUUUGGCAGACUUCAUGCAGCUCUGUGGGCCUCAGGCACAGGACGAGCACUUGGAAGCCAUCGUGGACGCCGUAGGAACCAUGCUGCCCUGCCCUUACCUCACCGAGCAGGCUCUGGCACUGAUCUGAGGAGCCGAGGCCCUGCAGGGAGCGUCCCCGUGGACACGGAUGAACAUCAAUACGGAGUUCUUGAGACAGACUUGAUGGAGCUUGGGAGACUUGGGAAGGCAUGAUGGGUGGCUGGGAACUUUGUGUCUUAUGCCCCUGCCUGUCUGCUGGUCUCCGACCCUUUCCUGGCGGACCCUGACUUAACUACUUGAAAUUUUAUUUGUUGCACCAUGUUGGUGUGGUGGGCUGGGCAGGCGGGGGACCUGCCCUGGAUGUGGGCCCUGCUGUGCGGUGGCUCUGCCCUAGUCCUCUGGUACCUAACCAGAACUUCCCCCCCAUUGCUGCUGCUAAUUUUCACACCACCCAGACCCCGGCAUCCCCAGGGAGCCUGCAAGAGCCUUGAUCCUCUGUCUACCCAGACUAACCACCCCCAGCCCUGGAAACGUCACCUGCCCGUGUUCUUGGCCUGCUGGACAAGGGACAGCAGAGAAGGAGAGACAGCCCUUCAAAAGGACCAACGUCCAGCAUCCGUCUUCAUCUGCCGGGCCCCAGGGCAGAGCUGGCUCCUACGCAGAGAGACACAGCUGCUAAGACUGGGCUCCUUUCCCCUUUUGUUUCUUUUCCCUGUCUGUCUGUCUGUCUGCAUCACUCCUGUAGACCUGUUGGUCUAUUCCUGGGAAACAUCACUACAGGUCCCUUCUCAGUCUGUUCCACACUGUGAUCUAUAAACGGUCUUUAAUUACCUUUGCCAAAA